AGUUUCCCUACGACGGACCCAGAAGCCGGGUGCCCAGUGGAGCCGCAGGCCUUGCAAGCCGAGAACCGGCCGAAGGGCGCGCCCUGUCUGCAGCCACCGGCGGGAGGAGCCUCGGAAGGUGGCUCGCUGCAGGCCCGGGCCAAAAGCCCGCCUCGCCUCCCUUUCGUCGUCAGGGCCUCGGGGCCAAUCAGAGCCCAAGUCAAGGGUAUACGCUCGACAAACGCCAGCCAAUUGGCGAGGCGGCGGGCCCGUCCUAAUUUGCAUGGCUGACAAGCCCUCAGCCAAUGGGAAUGUGACUGGCGUGAAAUCCAGCCAAUGACAAUCUGGAAGAGGCGUGGCCCCGGGCGUCCCACGAGGUGAAGAUGCUGCGAGCGGAACCUGCCGGAGCAAGCGGGAUUCGAGGGUGCUAAAGUCGCAGGGGCAGGGCGGGAAGGAAGAUCCGGAGUGGGGCGCAGGAUCCGGAGCUGGAGCCCCCAGAAUUUUCUGCCCGUGAAAAACCGAGCAGGUCUGGAUAAGUGAGGCCGGCUCCAUGUAUCCAGAAUCGACAACGGGCUCCCCAGCACGGCUCUCCCAGCGGCAGACGGGCUCCCCCGGGAUGCUAUACAGUACUCGGUAUGGGAGUCCCAAAAGACAGCUCCAGUUUUACAGGAACCUGGGCAAGUCCGGCCUGCGGGUCUCCUGCCUGGGGCUCGGAACAUGGGUGACCUUUGGAGGCCAGAUCACUGAUGAGAUGGCAGAGCAGCUGAUGACCUUGGCCUACGACAAUGGGAUCAACCUUUUCGAUACCGCAGAGGUCUAUGCGGCCGGCAAGGCUGAAGUGGUUUUAGGGAACGUCAUCAAGAAGAAGGGCUGGAGACGGUCCAGCCUCGUCAUCACCACCAAGAUCUUCUGGGGUGGAAAAGCCGAGACGGAGAGGGGCCUUUCCCGGAAACAUAUCAUAGAAGGUCUGAAGGCCUCCCUGGAGCGACUGCAGCUGGAAUAUGUGGACGUGGUGUUUGCCAACCGCCCGGACCCCAACACACCCAUGGAAGAGACCGUUCGAGCCAUGACGCACGUCAUCAACCAGGGGAUGGCCAUGUACUGGGGCACGUCACGCUGGAGCUCCAUGGAGAUUAUGGAGGCCUACUCGGUGGCCCGGCAGUUCAACCUGAUCCCGCCCAUCUGUGAGCAGGCUGAGUACCACAUGUUCCAGCGCGAGAAGGUGGAGGUGCAGCUGCCCGAGCUAUUCCACAAGAUAGGAGUGGGCGCCAUGACCUGGUCCCCUCUGGCCUGUGGCAUCGUUUCCGGGAAGUAUGACAGUGGCAUCCCACCCUACUCGAGAGCUUCCCUGAAGGGCUACCAGUGGCUAAAGGACAAGAUCCUGAGUGAGGAGGGCCGACGCCAGCAGGCCAAGCUGAAGGAGCUGCAGGCUAUCGCCGAGCGCCUGGGCUGCACCCUGCCCCAGCUGGCCAUAGCCUGGUGCUUGCGGAAUGAGGGCGUCAGCUCUGUGCUCCUGGGCGCCUCCAACGCAGAGCAGCUCAUGGAGAACGUGGGAGCGAUUCAGGUCCUUCCAAAACUGUCGUCUUCCAUUAUCCACGAGAUCGAUAGUAUUUUGGGCAAUAAACCCUACAGCAAAAAGGACUACAGAUCCUAAGAUGCCCCUGCCGCCUGCUCAGACAAUCUCCGUCCCCCUCCUAGUCUUUGUUUGCUCGCUUACGCUGUUCUGAAGCCAACUGGAGAGUGUGGUUCGCAUCAAAGAGAAAACACCACGCUGUGAUAUCAUCAGGAAAUUACCUCCCACGUCCAUGCCAGACACCACCGCUGCUUCUCCAGAUCACGUCAAGUCGGAUUUGUGCCCGAGACAGCACUGGUUAGGAAGGACGUUCAAGCAGCCCCACCCCAAGCCCUGUCGCCUCUGCUUGUCCUCCAAGAAAAAGCCACCAAGCUUUCUCCCAGCCACAGCCCUUCAUGGAGAUGCCCCAAGUCAAGGCCUGGUUGGGUCUUCAGGGCAGGCAGGGCUGGCCUCUCCUCUGCCAAGAACCCCUGUCUGGUGUUGGUGGAGGGGAAGAGGGUGUAGCCC